AUGGAUCAAGAAGAGGAAACAAAGGGAAAUACCUCUAACUUUGAAAGCAUCAACAUAACCGAAAUACCCGACAAUGAUGUUAAAUUAGAUAAAGAAAAUUUUUCUAAAGGGUUAAUGACCCUACUAUCACCAGUAAUUGAAGAAAUGGAUUCAAGAAUUGUCGCGGUAAAAGCAAGUCAAAAAGAAUUAAGUAAAGAAAUUGAAAGAUUACUUGCGGAACUUCAAUUAUUUGUUGAAGCAGCCGAACCACCACCAAUUCAAUCAUCAAUUCAAAAAUUGAUUUCAGCAAGAAAGAAAUUAACAACAACAAAUCAAACUCUUAAAACGGUUCAUGAUCGUAUUGAAAGGAUGCAUGCUCAACUUAGCAAAGAAAACACGUAA